AACAUCAAGGUUGAGGAUGCGACCACGGUGGAUCAACUUUCAAUUGACCACAAGGAUUCCACGGGUGAGCAUCCGCGAAUUUCAAAUUGGAAACCGGAAGGACUAGCGGAAAUUUUUUGUCUUGACUGGCAGUAGUAUCGGUUUUUAAGGUGCUGUGGAAGACAUAGCAAAUAAAAAUUUGAGUAUGAUGGCUGGAGGAACAUGGAGUAGUUGGUUGCAAAGGUGUCGGGAGUCUCGGAAACUUGUUCUUGUCAUCGUAGCUAUUGCACUUCUGUUAGACAACAUGUUGCUUACUACUGUCGUGCCGAUCAUUCCAGAGUUUCUUUACGAUAUCAAACACCCUAAUAACACUUUAAGUCAACACUUAGAUGGACCUCACUAUACAACUCGUCCAAUGACCAUUGCCAGCAUCAUAAGUACUCCUAUUCCACCGACUAAAUGCACCUGUCCUCAAAUAAAUGCUUCAAAUAGCGGGCAACUGGAAUUUCUUCAACUAGUAACGAGCACUUCGUCUCCCAACGGGAAUGGUUCUAUAGUUAAUGUGCCCACAACCAAUGCCACGAGUUUAGAAAAUCUGGAGAAAGCUCAAAGGCAUCGAGAAUUGCUAGAGGAAACUGUCGCCGUAGGAAUAAUGUUUGCGUCAAAAGCUUUUGUUCAGUUACUAGCUAAUCCUAUAGUAGGACCUCUGACUCACAAGAUUGGAUACAGCGUUCCCAUGUUUGCUGGAUUUGUUAUAAUGUUCAUCUCAACUUUGGUUUUUGCUUUUGGUCGGAGCUACAGUGUCCUUUUUAUCGCUCGGGCAUUACAGGGUAUAGGUUCUUCUUGCUCAACAGUUUCCGGCAUGGGAAUGUUGGCCGAAAGAUAUCAAGAUGAUAAAGAACGAGGUAAUGCAAUGGGUAUCGCUCUUGGUGGAUUGGCUCUAGGAGUUUUAAUAGGUCCACCAUUUGGCGGAUUAAUGUAUGAGUUUGUGGGAAAAUCUGCACCGUUUCUUGCAUUAUCAGUUCUGGCUUUAGGUGAUGGACUGCUCCAACUUCUGAUGCUGCAACCAACUGUCGUUUACACCGAAACUGCGUCACCAUCAUUGAAAGCCUUAAUUACAGAUCCUUAUAUUAUCGUAGCUGCAGGUGCAAUUACGUUCGCCAACAUGGGAAUUGCGAUGCUGGAACCCAGUUUACCAAUUUGGAUGAUGGACACAAUGGGCGCAAGUCGAUGGAAACAAGGUGCCACUUUUCUUCCAGCUAGUAUUAGCUACCUCAUAGGCACAAAUCUGUUCGGGCCACUUGGCCAUCGAAUGGGAAGAUGGCUGGCAGCAUUAGUUGGAUUAAUUGUUAUUGGGUUUUGCCUAAUGCUCAUUCCUUUAGCAACGAAUAUCAAUCACUUGAUAAUGCCGAAUGCUGGUUUAGGCUUCGCGAUUGGUAUGGUCGAUAGCUCAAUGAUGCCAGAGUUAGGAUAUUUAGUUGAUAUAAGACACACUGCAGUUUAUGGCAGCGUUUAUGCAAUUGGAGACGUUGCAUUUUGCUUGGGUUAUGUUGUUGGUCCUGCUUUGAGUGGAACUCUAGUCAACACGAUUGGUUUUGAAUGGAUGCUCUUUGGAACGGCAAUGCUAUGCUUUUUAUAUGCACCUCUCAUGUACUUUUUGAAAGCCCCUCCAACGAAAGAAGAAAAAAAGUCUCUAAUCAUUGGGGAGAAGUCAUCAGUUCGUUACGUGUCUUACGAAAAUGAUGAAGAGGAACAAUAAAGAGUAUCGCAAUCAUUGACUAAUUUUUUUUUAUACUAUGUUCAUAAAAUUUAUUAUUUCUUCAUGGCCUUUCGCUUCGCGGAAAAAAUUCGAAAGAAACCACGUGUUAGUUUAAUUUAUUUCUUAAUAUAAAUUAUAUUAAUUUGUAGUACAAAAAGAAUGUAAGCCUGUGGGUCUGGUUUUUUUUUCUACACAGAAUAAUUCGGAGUUGUAAGUAAAUAUUUCGUUGAUUAAAAGAAUUAUCUAGGAAGUCUAUUUUAUUCUAGUAAAUGAGUAAUUACUAUUUGAGAAAAUUUCGCAUAGAUGGCGGCCCGACAAAUUACGAAUAUUGGUUAAAGACGUUAUAAUUGACUGUUAUGAAUCUCUUAUUAUAUAGUAUUUAUAUAUUUGAAAGAAUAGUGAAUUCCUGGCAAAAUCCGUCGUGAGUCGGAAAAUAAAAUACUUUUUCUAUUGUCAGUUGUUUUCCUUACUGUUGGCUCUAACAUUGAACUAAAGUAGAGAUUUGAUAUUUUCUAAAAUAAACGUCUUAGUAGGUUUCGCAUUUCUUCAUAGAACGAAUCAAUCGGACACAAAAAUAUUAAAUUUUUUAAGGUCAGCAUAAGGAAUCGCUGUUAUUUAAAAACGAUGAGUUUUUUAAAUUUGAAAUUUUUCUUAGAAACUAACUUCAAUAAAUUUAUCUUGUUAUAUCUUCAAAAUAUUAAUUAUUAACCUAACUCAACUA